AUGAAUAAAGUAGAGUGUCAAGUUUUUACUAAAAUACCAGUUACAUUAAAGAAUUGGAAGAGUUGUGAUUUAUUUUAUAGUCCACUCGAUCAAUAUGCUUCAGUCAGAACCAUUAUCAGUCCAUACACCAUUUUAGCAGGAUAUGUAGAUAAAUGUUGUCAAAAUUGUAAAAAAGGAUGUAAAGAUAGUUAUAGAAAUUACUUUAGUCAAUGGAGUCUAAGCGCAAGCUUUUUUAGAGUAAAAUAUAAUAUUAAUACAGAGGAAAUAGGUAAUUCUCAGUGCUCAUUAUUAGGAUGUACAAAUGCUGCAUCGAUUGGAACAAAAGUUUUUCUAGAUGAUUCCAUGGAUCAAGUAUUCAUUAUCCCUUCCUGUCCUGGUCAUAGUUCUACAACAAUUUGUUUGGUUUAUCCAGUCAAACCUAAAACAUUGGCUCUAAAGAUUGAUGCAUGUGAUAUUGGUUGCAUCCAAAAAAAUAAUUCAAAUUUAAAGAUUAUCAAACAAUUCUAG